AGGGUUCUGUAAACCACAUGAACUUGUUAGUCGAUCUCGAGACAUGGGUAUACAAAAAUAUUGUAUAAUGGUGCUUUGUGCCGUUUCAUUUUCCGUAGUACAGAUAUCAUCGAAAUUCGAUUUUACAAAUAUCAAGUGCAAUUCUUUCGAUAAAGAAUUCUCCGACUUUGAGCAUUGCUAUAUAAAACCGAUCAAUCGAAGCUACAAGUACGUGGCGGUUAAAGUUAAAUUAUUUAAAACGCCAAUUACAAAAGUCAAUAUAGGGAUCUUCAAACGAUUUAACGGAUAUAACGGCUACAGACCCUUUAUGUACAAUAUCACAGUGGAUGCAUGUAGAUUCUUGAACGAUACAAAACGAAACCCGACGGCCAGUUAUCUUUAUAGUUUCAUGAAGCCCUUCUCCAAUAUGAAUCACAGCUGCCCCUUUGAUCACGAUCUCAUUGUCGAUAAACUACCCAUACAAUUCGUUAAUGACCAGGUCACAAAGGUUCUCCCCGUUCCAGAAGGUGAUUACGUAUACGAAACGAAUUGGUUUGCCUACGGCAUAAAGAGGGCAGCGGUUAAGGUAUACGGAACUAUAUCCUGA